AGCCCCGCCCCCUCUCUUCUCUCUUCUCAGCCCUGCCCACGUGUUUUUGUCCUCAGCCAAUUAGCGCCCGACGCCCUUUCCGCGCCUCAUCCGGGUUCCCGGGACCGGGAAAUUGGCCUGGUAACCAGGCAACUACUGAUCAAUCUCCUCCCCGGCUGAUUUGCGCAUCAGGAGGAGGACUGAGCUUAUCUGACUCCAGAGCUUUCAGGAGGGAAGAAAGAUGUCAGAUGAAGAUGAUCUAGAAGACUUUGAGCCAGACCAGGGUGAUUCUGAGAAAGAAGAGGACGAGAAGGAGACAGAGGAGGGGGAGGACUACAGAAAAGAGGGGGAAGAGUUCCCUGAGGAAUGGCUGCCCACCCCCCUCACGGAGGACAUGAUGAAGGAAGGGCUUUCUCUGCUCUGUAAGACAGGCAAUGGGCUGGCUCAUGCUUAUGUCAAGCUGGAGGUUAAAGAGAGGGACCUGACAGACAUCUACUUGCUGCGCUCCUACAUCCAUCUGCGCUAUGUGGAUAUUUCUGAGAACCACCUGACAGACCUGUCUCCACUCAACUACCUCACCCACCUGCUCUGGCUCAAGGCUGAUGGCAAUCGGCUGCGAAGUGCCCAGCUGAAUGAACUGCCCUACCUGCAGAUUGCUAGUUUUGCUUAUAACCAGAUUACUGACACUGAAGGCAUCUCUCAUCCUCGUCUUGAAACCCUGAAUCUCAAAGGGAACAGCAUCCACAUGGUGACAGGUCUGGACCCCCAGAAGUUGAUCAGCCUGCACACAGUGGAGCUUCGGGGGAACCAGCUGGAAAGCACCCUGGGAAUCAAUCUUCCUAAGCUGAAGAACCUCUACCUGGCCCAAAACAGGCUGAAGAAGGUGGAAGGCUUGGAGGAUCUGAGCAAUCUCACCACCUUGCAUCUUCGAGACAACCAGAUUGACACCCUGAGUGGCUUCUCCAGAGAAAUGAAAUCAUUGCAGUACCUCAACCUGAGGGGCAACAUGGUGGCCAACCUGGGGGAGCUGGCCAAACUGCAAGACCUGCCCAAGCUGCGAGCCUUGGUGCUGCUCGAUAACCCAUGCACGGAUGAAACCAACUACCGCCAGGAGGCCCUGGUGCAGAUGCCAUACCUUGAACGCCUGGACAAGGAAUUCUAUGAGGAGGAGGAACAGGCUGAGGCUGAUGAGAUUCGACAGAGGCUGAAGAAAGAAAAGGAGCAGGAGCCUGAGCCCGAGCGUAACCUGGAACCGGAACAGUCAUUGAUCUAGCAGCAGUUCUAGCCUCUAAAGAUAGAGAUCAAAGACGCUGGCCUUCAGACCUGAUCAGACUCCCGGGGGGGGCACCACAUCUAUGACAGAGGACAGAGGAUGCCUCUUUUUGCCCCAAAGCUGGAAAUUCAUCACAAUCUGAGGCCCAGGAUCCGCUCUGUGCCGGUCCUCUGGGCAGUGUGGGGUGCAGAGUGGGGUGCCUAGGCCCGAGCGCUGCCUGGACCCUAGGCCGGGGACUGCCCUCGGGCAGGCGUGAGUGGGAGCCAAGCCCGCGUGGGCCGCGGGGUGCUGGUAGGAGUGGUUGGAGAGACUUGCGGAGGCGGCUGGGGUGUUCGGAUUUCCAAUAAAGAGACAGGGUGAUG